UAAGUUUUCUAACUCUCAGGUUCCUCUAGUCUCGCCUGGACAUGCUCCUGGUCGCUGAUGUUUUCAUCGUGGAUUUUUACCUUCUGCUUUUACUGGACUUUGGUUCGCGGUGGCCUCCAUCUAAUUGGUUCGUCUCAGCCAAUCGUAGCUGCUCCUGGAGAUGACGUCGUCCUCCCGUGUCGGGUGGAUCCUGAGUGGGACGCCGUGGGGAAGACGGUGGAGUGGUCCCGACCGGACCUGAGGCCGUCCGGCCCUCAGAAGCGUGUGGAGUACGUGUUCGUGUACCGCUUCAGGAAGACGGACCGAGACAUGAUGAUGGACACGUACAUCCAGAGGACGUCUCUGUCCCAGGACGGCCUGAGGCGAGGAGACGUGUCUCUGACCAUCAGGAACGUCAGCCUGCAGGACCACGGCAGGUUCCGAUGUUUCAUCCCACGCCUCAGGAUAGAAGCAGAACUUCUGCUUGUUGUUGAUCCAAACUUUGUUUCAACAACGACAACAGAGUCGGUUCAUCCCAGAAACCUCAUCAGUCCGACGCCACAGCAGGAAACCGUGGGGAACGGUCAUUGGACCAGAUUCCAUCUUUGCCUAAUUGUUUUUUUCAUUCUUCAUCAUUUGUCUGGGUCCGGUUUCCUUUUGCGUCGCAAGAAAAUCCAAACAAAUACAGGAAGUCAAAUUUGGACCAGUCUCCAUGGAGACAUGAGGGAAUUUGACUUCUUCAGAAGUCAAAUUUGACUCAGAAGUCAAAUUUCAUAAUAUAUUUUUAUGGAGAGAAUAUAUUACUUUCAUGCAGAAUAUAUUGAAAGUAAUAUAUUUUCCAAAAUAUAUUCCGUCUCCGGGUAAAUGUACCUGGAGACGGAAUAUAUUUUCUACGCAUUUUUUUACACUGUCACUACGUGUUAUGAGACAUGUAAUCUGUAAAAAAGAAAAAAGCUCCUCUGCUUUCUCCCAGUGAUAACUAGAAACAACCAAUCAUUGCCAGGAGGCGGGUCUUAGCGCUGUCAAUCACCCUCCUUGCUUUCUGAGUUGAGAACUAAACAUUUUAUUUUAAUAUUAACUCAUUUUAUUAUUUUGCAAGUAAAGGCCUCAGUACUUCCUGUCUGCUGGUCAGAAGGUUGGUCACUCUGUCACAAGUCGGCCAUGUGUUGAUGCUGAUGGCAGGAACUUCCUUCCUCCAGAGGUCAGCAGGUCAGGACUGCAAGUCGCCUCAUCAUCACUGCGUCUCCAUCUGGAGCUGUUCUGCCUGGAGACGAACUUAUAAUAAUGUUUAGUCAAUAUGACUGCGUAUGUUGUACAUUUCAGGUUUCUGUUAUUAUUCACUCCAAGAAACAGUGAACUAAUUUAUUUUAUUAUUGUUUUUAGUUGCUCUGGUUCCGUUUUCAGUUAAAUUUAUUCUGGGAAUUAGUUUUUCUUUUCUCUGUUUCAUCAGCAAAUAUUUAAGUAGUUUGACUCUAAAUGGAAACAUUUCAUUCAGAUUUAAAGCUGAACUCUUUAUUCUGUGGUUUGUUCUUAUUGUUGCUCUUCAUUCAGUUGAAGGCUUUUUAUCGCCCAAACCUUCUGAUCAACACACUGAUCGGUUCUGCAGAGGAACCGGUUCUGUUCACAGACCAGAACCUGAACCUACUUUAGCUGCUUGGAUUCGGAUCAGGAACAAAGUUUGACAUUUGAUUGUCGCAAUUGUUCAAAACUGAAUGAGUGAAAUGUUUACCAAGUAUCACUGUGAUCAGUUUUUUUUUUGUUAACGUUUUUCCAGACUUAAGGCUGCGUUCACAUUGGGUUUUUUUUUUUUUUUUGACGUAAUGCGACCUGCAUCCGAUCUUUUUAAGACAGUCUGAACAGCACAGGUCGGAUUCUUUUCGAAUGCGAUGCAGGUCACUUGGGUAUCCGUUAAGUAUCCGUUUCAGAUGCGAUCUAAAGUCCAGGUCACGUUCACCUGACCUGAACGUCACUGAUAUUCGACAAACGUCACUAUUCUGCGUCCUGAUACUCGCAAGCAGGAAGAAUAACAGCAACCAUGAUGGACGUAAUGAGGAUUAAGUUGCUAACCUGCUGCUCCGGUCGGACAACAACUUCAAAUAUGUAAACUAUGCUCCACUGUUAACAUCCAUGUUUACUUCAGCAAACACUGAGCACUUCUACUUUUUAUGGCCAUUGGUAGAACGCUGACGCUAUUGCGCCCUCUACUGCGCAGGCGGGACACUUUCAGGUCCUUUGCCCGUUCACACUGCACAAAAAAUCAGAAUUGGGUCACUUCAGGCUGCGAUGUGAACGCAGCCUAAGAUUUUAAUGUUUGUUUUGCUGAUUUCUGAUCAAACGUUGACUGAAUGUAGACGGUUUUGCUUUUUUAUUACUGUGAAUAAAAACUUUAAUGAAAACAACAACUAAAGUUAUUAAAGGGAAUAAAUACGUUUUUUAAUCUAA